UCUCACUCAAGUAUAUACCAUGUCUGGACGCGGCAAAACUGGCGGUAAGGCGAGAGCCAAGGCUAAGACCCGAUCAUCCCGGGCAGGGCUUCAGUUCCCGGUGGGUCGUGUCCACAGGCUGCUCCGCAAAGGCAACUACGGCGAGCGUAUCGGUGCCGGCGCCCCCGUCUACCUGGCGGCAGUGCUCGAGUAUUUGACUGCUGAGAUCUUGGAGUUGGCCGGCAACGCUGCUCGCGACAAUAAGAAAACUAGGAUCAUCCCCCGCCAUCUGCAGCUGGCCGUCCGUAAUGACGAGGAGCUCAACAAACUCCUUGGCGGAGUGACUAUUGCCCAGGGCGGUGUUUUACCCAACAUCCAGGCUGUUCUUCUGCCCAAGAAGACCGAGAAGGCUGCCAAGAAGUAAAAUUUGUCUGCUAGGAAGACCCCCAAAACGGCUCUUUUAAGAGCCACCCACUUCUAGGUAAUGAGCUUGAUUCCAUUGAAGAGGCUUCGAAAACGUCACUCCAAUUAUUACAUGGCUGUCAUCCUGUGCGCAAUACACUCAACCAAUCUGUCUUGAAAGAGCUAGAGCCAAACCGAGAUUGGUCCCUGUGGUUUAUAUUGGAAGAUCCCGCACCCCAGUGGCAAUACAAAGUAUGGGUCCAUUAUAAAAUAUAUUCAAGUACAUGAAAGCAUUCUGUCUUCACCCAAAUCUGAGUAUAAUCAAAUGCAUAAUUACAAUGUCUUCAAUUUGUGUAUAAAUAUGCAUAGUGUGCACAUAUUGGUUGAUCACGUUUGAUUUUAACAUGAAAUGCUUUGUGUUGUCAUACAAACAAUCUGUACAAAAAAGCAAUACCAAAAUAAAUGUAAUUUGUGCAAAAUGAUUUAUAUUGGAAGAAUGCUAAUGUUUUCAGAAUCAGAAAUUCUUUAUUAAUCUCUGAAGGGAAAUUACAAGUUUGUCCUUUUGAAAACAUUUUAUUAAAGCGCUUUGGCUACA